AUGAGUAUCCGGACCCCACCCACACCCCUGAGGCUGGCAGGACGGAGCCUGCUGGGGGACCAGGCCUCAGCCAUUGCAGCUCUGGAGUACCUGCCUGCUGAGCUCUUCCCGCCACUCUUCAUUCAGGCCUACCAGAAGAGAAAGCAAAAGCCUCUGAAGGCCAUGAUGCACGCCUGGCCCUUCCCUGUCCUCCCUCUGGGCUGCCUGUCACAGUUGUCCCUGGAUAAGGUCUUAAAAGCCGUGUUGGAUGGGCUUGACGUUCUGAUUGCCCAGGAGGUUCGGCCCAGGAGGUGGAAACUGCGGGUGCUGGAUUUAAGGAACUCAGGUGCCAACUUCUGGAGAAUGUGGUGUGGAGACAGCACCCAAAAUUGCUCACCGACGGAACCAGUGGCUGUGCACAGCUCCAGCCCAAACUUGGAGCACCCCUUGGCUCCCUUGGAGGUGUUCCUAGACCUUAACUUCAGUGAAAUGGACGGGGUUAAGUUUUUCAUGCACAUCAUCCAAUGGGCCCAGCAGAGGGAAGGGUUGCUACACCUGUGCUGCAAGACGCUGAGGAUUUCUGAGGUGCCCUUCCAGAGGGUCAGGAAUGUCCUGGUUGGGGUGCAGCUGGACUGCAUCCAGGAGGUGAACAUGCUCAAGCUGCGGCACCUCCGGGACCUCAACAUGGAUUCGCCCUCCUUCCUCCGAGGCCGUCUGGACCAGAUGCUCAGGCUCUCGGGCAGCGGGCAGCGCCGACUGACACACUCAGACCUGACACACCUGGUCCAGUGCCCGAACCUCAGGCAGCUGAAGUCCCUGGGUCUGUAUGGCACCAACCUCACUGAUUUUAGUCCUGAGCCCCUCCGAGCUCUGCUGGAGGCAGUGGCACCCACCCUCCAGGAUCUGCGCCUGGAUAACUGUGGGAUGGUGGACUCCCAAGUCGAGGCCAUCCUGCCUGUCCUGAGCUGCUGUCACCAGCUCAGGGACUUCACCAUCUCUGAGAACCACCUCUCCAUGGCCACUGCGGAGAAGCUGCUGCGACACACAGCCGGGCUGCGCAGUUUAGAGAUCGAGCUGUACCCCGUCCCCCUGGAGUGUUACAGGACCGACCAGACUUUGGACCAGGAGGAAGUUGCCCCGAUCCGGGCUGAGCUCCCGGGGACACUGAGGGAGUUAGGACAACCCAGGACCAUCCAUCUUGUCACCAAGACCUAUAGCUCUUGGGAGGUUUAUGACGUGGCAUUUUCAUGA